AUGACAGCCCCCGUUGAAGUCCCAGUGGCUCCGCCAGUUAACCCAAGUUCGUUCAACCUCAUCAGUACCCCGACAGACGCAGAGAUUCCCCGCAUGCCAGCAGCAGAGUUGCCAGAAGUCUUGACAAAUGGCUUCCAACGGCCUGUCACCAACGGCCGCAGCACCGCGAACGGGGUCGUCGAGGAUCCCUUCAAGCUCAGCUCCGAGUACGCCUACACACCAAGAAAGAUCAAGGUCAUCACCAUUGGCGCGGGUUUCUCCGGCCUUCUCAUGGCCCACAAGUUCCAGCACAGGUUCCCCGAGAUGAGGGACAUUGUCGAGCACAAGAUCUUCGAGGCUCGGUCUGAAGUUGGCGGCACGUGGUUCGUGAAUGACUAUCCUGGCGUGCAGUGCGACGUGCCCGCACACAUCUACGUCAGUGGCCUUCUGAACCAAGGUCUGGAGCUUGGCGGCGUCGGCCCGGACAUCCUAGCGUACAUCAAGGCGACGGUGAAGAAGUGGAAUCUCGACCGCGAUCUUCACCUCAACACCAAGGUUGUCGACGCCAUCUGGCAAGAAGACUCCGGCCAGUGGCAGGUGACCGUGGAGCACGAGGGCGUGCGACGCGUCGAGCACUGCCACGUUCUCAUCUCGGCGCAGGGCGUCCUCGUGCACGAGUCGUGGCCCGAGGUCCCCGGCCUGCGGGACUUCAAGGGCCACCUCACGCACUCGGCGGCGUGGGAGCACAACUACGACUACGCCGGCAAGAGGAUCGCCGUCAUCGGCAACGGCUCCUCGGGCAUCCAGAUUGUGCCGCAGAUGGCCAAGCUGCCCGGCACGGACGUCAAGAACUUCAUCCGCGGGCCGGCGUGGGUGUACUACCGCGCGCCGCCGUCCAAGCACCUCGGCCGCGACGACCCGGACCCCAACCCGCGCUACACGGACGACGAGCGCAAGCGCUUCCGCGACCCGGACUUCCACCUGCAGCACCGCAAGGGCAUCAUCUCGCGCACCAACAAGUCGUUCUACAUCUUCAUCAAGGGCGAGAACAACCGGCAGGGCAUGAAGAUGGCGGCCGAGCAGAUGGCCGACAAGCUCGGCCACGACCCGGAGCUCUGCGCCACCCUGAUCCCCACGUGGGAGCUCGGCUGCCGCCGCAUCACGCCCGGCCCGGGCUACCUCGAGUCCUUCCUGCGGCCCAACUGCAGCGUCACCAACAGCGGCAUCACGCGCGUGGCCGAGAACGGCGUGCACACGGCCGACGGAAAGUUCUACGAGUGCGACGUCAUCGUCUGCGCCACGGGCUUCGACGUCUCCCACCGUCCCCGCUACCCCGUCAUCGGCAAGUCCAAGAUCGACCUCGCGACGCGCUGGGCCGAGGAGCCCGACUCGUACCUCUCGGUCGCGGUGCCCGACUUCCCCAACUACUUCAUGAUGAUGGGCCCCAACUGCCUCGGCGGCCACGGGUCGCUGGUCGAGUCGCUCAACUGGACGGGCGACUACUUUGUCAAGUGGAUCAGGAAGAUGGCGACCGAGGACAUCCGGUACGUGACGCCCAAGCAGGCCGUCGCCGACGCCUUUAUGCGCUACGGCGACGAGGUGCACAAGACGCUCGUCUGGACCGGCGCCUGCAAGAGCUGGUACAAGCGCAACCGCGUCGACGGCCGCGUCACGGCCCUGUUUGGCGGCAGCGCCCACCUGUUUAACAGGAUGCUGGGCGACAUUCGCGGCGAGGACUUUGACGUCACGUACAACACGGCCAACCCGUUCCGCUUCAUGGGCAACGGCUUCACCGAGUGGGAGAUGGACCCCAAGAGCGACCUGUCGUGGUAUGUGGAGAAGGCCGAGGUGCCGUAUGAGGAGGGCGGCAAGUCACAAUGA